AUGGCUGCUAUUAUAACUUCAACUUCAACCUCUUCUUCUUCUUCUUCUGCCUUGCUAAUUCAAGAAAUUUUCAUACAUUUCCAUUCAAGAAAAUUACUUCUUCACAGCCCUUUACUUCAAUCACCAGUAGGAUCAUCAUCAUCACCAUCAUCAAGUAGUAUUUCCCCAAGUUCAAGCCCAUCAGAACCAGUAGACAACAGCUUUGAUGCGAAUGUUGUAAUGGUCCUUUCAGUCCUUUUAUGUGCCUUAAUUUGCUCACUUGGCUUAAACUCAAUUAUCAGGUGUGCAUUACGAUGUUCCACCCUCGUUUCCACCGAUCAAUCAAACCAACAUCCCUCGGCUCGCCUAGCGAAUACCGGGAUCAAGAAGAAAGCCUUGAAAAAAUUCACUACUAUAGGUUACAACACAAGUGAUCAUCAGCAAAAGAUAGACACCGAGUGCGCAAUAUGCCUCUCGGAAUUCACUCAAGGCGAAAGGGUUCGAAUUCUACCAAAAUGCGGACAUGGAUUCCAUGUCCGGUGCAUCGAUAAGUGGCUAAACUCGCACUCGUCUUGCCCGACUUGCCGGCACUGCCUGAUCGAAACAUGUCAAAAGAUAGCCGGUUGUAGCAGCCAGGACAACAGUUUCCAGCACCAACCUAGCACAUCAUCAAUAAUGCAAAGACCUCAGCAAGAAACAAUUGUAAGAGUAGCUGUUGUCCCUUUAGAGCGCGAAGGAAGGGACCUGAGUGAAGAAAAGCUGAAAAAGGAGGGUUGUUGGGACAAAAAUGGGCUGAUGGAUUCAAAUUCUGCUGAGCUGGUCAAGGACAUCUUUAAGACACAAUUAAUGAGUGUGUCUCACCUUAAGAACCCAAGGGCAUGCUUGUCUCCUUGGCCGAGAAACCAACCUCCCAAGCUGAUCAAUGCCACAGUUGAUACCACUUCUAGAAGGAGAGUAAAAGACCAGUCAAUUCCAAGUUCAAGACACAAGGCAUUGGGUGAAUAAAGAAUACAUAAGCAUGGGGAGGUUCUCUUGAAAGAGGAACCGGCAUCAAGCAAUAUAAAAGGGGAGAUGCAUUCACAGCAUUACACAUCUCUGGUUGCACCUUUAGUUGCCAAAAACAUACAGAAGAAACUCCAGAUAGAAGGUAAGAAGGAAGGGAGAACAACAACAACUCAGCAGGAAGCAAAGUUGAAGAAUAGCCAUCUCAUUCACUACUUCAUUCCCCUGAGUGAACCCUGUCACUCCCAGGAGUGGCCCUGAACUGCAUAAGCUGUCUUCUUCUCUUAACUAUUAGUUUGUACUUCAUUUCAUUGAUGCAUACUUCUAUGAUGUCUAUUAUAGUAGUAGUAGCAUCAACCAGCAUGAGUAGCUAAAUAGCUUCCAGGGGUUAAUCUUCUCAACCUAUGUUGUAGUCGUUGUAAAGCACUGG